ACUACAGAGGGAUGUGGAAUAAGGGGGUCUGUAGACUAUGUAGUUUACUACAUGUUCAAUAAAACUCUUUUAUUUUACGACCCAGGCAUUGGUAAGGGAAACUGUUCGCUCAAUGCGUAAACAUUGCGAGGAGACAUGAAUGAGGACGCGUUUGAGGUCCCUGCAAGGAACGAGUACCGCUACCUCGUUCAGGAUGAGGCUGAAGAGGAGGUCCAAUAUGCCCGCCGCUACUACGUUAGCCCGUUCCUGCAAGUAUCCCGCAGAUGUAUGUUUUUGAUUGGCUGUGGCAUUCUUGCCCUUCUCACUCUCGCCGCAUACCUGGCUUACGUGGCUCAGACUCCACCCCGUGCUUAUGCUCAGGUGCAUACAGACUGUGGUUUGCUGCAUGGACGAUGGGCAGACGGUGCCUAUUCCUUCAAAGGUAUCCCGUAUGCUGUGCCACCAGUCGGCGAACAACGCUGGCAUCCUCCAGCAGACCUCAAAGCAAAUGGAAAGUGCUGGGAUGGCAUUUACGAUGCCACACAUUUUCGCAGCAUUUGUGCCCAGGUGCAGCCUCUCAGGGAAAAUGGGCACGUGAUGGGACAAGAGGACUGCCUGCACUUGAACAUCUGGACACCUAGCCUGCUGCCUGCUGCUGCCUUGCCCGUCAUGGUGUGGCUCCAUGGUGGACACUUGCACAUGCUGAGCGGGCAGGAAAAAGGCUACUCACCCACCGAGGAGCUGGCGGGAAGAACACAAACUGUGUUUGUCAGUCUGAACUACAGGCUUAAUGCAUUCGGCUUCAUGGCUCUGGAACUACUGAGAAAAAGUUCUCCUACCAAUACCUCAGGGAACUACGGCUUCAUGGACCAGAUUCAGGCUCUUCGUUGGGUUCAGAAAAACAUCCAUGUGUUCGGUGGAGAUCCAAAGAAAGUCACCAUAUUUGGAGAAACUUCAGUGUGGGCUUUGAUGAAUUCACCUCAAGCUGAGGGUCUGUUUCAUCGUGCAAUCGGAAUGAGUUCCUCAUUCGUGUCUAACACCUCGUUGGACUCAGCCGAAAGAGACAACCUCGUGUUCUUGAAGAGAACAGGCUGCCAAGAUGCCACAUGCCUUCGAAAGCUCAACAUAACUCAGAUCCUCCAGGCCAUUCCAUGGGAGGAAUACCCAGCUUGGGCAAAAAAGGGGCAAGAGGACAUCCCUAUUAAAGGGAAUACAUAUGGUCCAGUUGCAGUUGUAGAUGGUCAUGUUCUCUCCACACAUUCAUUUAAAGCUUGGAAGAAGGGUGGAUUUUACAAUGACGUUCCAUUCGUGGUUGGGACAGCAGAGCAAGAAACUGACUUCAGUCCCCCGAUGAAGAACAUCUCCACCUGGACAUCGGCCGACUACCAGUGGUUUCUAUCAGAGAAUCUGACACCAUUUGGAAACGAUGUGCUAUCUCAGGCACUGAGGCUUUACAACAGUUCUGCGCCAUGUCCGACCAAUGACCGCUGUCCUGAAAGACUUUACACUACGUUAGUGUCAGAUAUGCGAGCCAGCUGCCCCAGCAACCACCUCGCCACCCAAGCUGCAGACGCUUUGAAGAGCCCUCUGUACCGCUACCUGGUGACCUAUACACCAUCCAAAGAAGCCGAUUCAUCCACGUGGCUCCCUUUUCCAAGCCGCUUCUCCUUCCACAUGAUUGACAGCUUGGCAUUCUUCGGUGGCCUCGAGAUGGCACUCGGCACAACGACCUCUAAAGAUAAAGCUUUUCAGCAAACGCUCACCAAAUAUUUCAUCCAUUUCGCGAAAGAAGGUAAAAUGCCAGAGGACUGGCCAGAGUUCCCGUCCCAGACUGCGAUGCUGAACGAGACUCUUUCUGUGGCACCGAAUCCUUUAGCAGAGCGAUGUGCUUUGUGGGAAAAGAACAGCUUUUAUUCAUAUGCCUGGAUCAACUAAUGUGGUUUGUUGGACACUCAAGAUCGUAAGCUUCAGUAAACAAACACGCACCAACCCUAAGCAGCUACAAGUCGUCGUCUUGUAUUUUUGUAUCGCAUUUCUAACUCUACUUAAUUGGCCAAAACAUGCAGGGAGGAAGAAUUUUAUUUGCACUGAAAGUCAAGCAUAUUUUUGUUUGUUUGUUUUGGAAUUAUUAUUAAUCAUUUAAAAAAAGCAGUAAGAGAACAUACAUAGUGUUGAAUAAGAAGAAAACUUGCUUGACUUUGCAAAACUCAUUAAUGUAUGGUUUCUUAGGGGCUGCACAAUAACGUCAAAAAUCCUUUAAACCUACAAGUCUUUAAAUCAAAAGGACACAGCGCACCUCAUUCAGAAAGCUGGAAACGAACCGAUUUACUCCUGAAUCGUUCAUAGAAUCCUGUAAUUUCAGAAAAUUUCAAUAAUUUGUUUCUUUUCAUUGUUCGGUACAAAUGAUCAAAUGAAUUAGAUCUUUUAGGUGUUAUAAAUACAUUUCUCUUCCCUUCGUCUUGAAGGGUGACUUGCUUUUGUUUUCUGUGAUGAGAGAGAUCAGGUUCCUGACCCUUCCAGGAUGGAGGCUGUGUUUAGAGAAGCAUUCUGUAGGCUUGGGCUGUGUGCUUACCUGUUACUCCUCAUUCUGUCACAGUGAUUGGACAGGUUGACUUCUUCGAUAUGUGCGAAACGACUAGAUGAAAGGUUGUCGUCGAAAGAGGCCACAUGAAAGCACGGACGUGUGUAGACCCACAUCAAAGCCCUGAUUCUUUCAUUUUGUGCAGCAGCUUCAUGGGGUCAGAAGCGACACCAAUUUUUUAUUUUUAUUUAUUUUUUUUUAUUUCCACUGUGACUUACUAAAUGCUGUGCUUUCACUGAUAUAUAUAGUUUUAUACACAAUGAAGUCAAAUGAUUGCAUUUUGGAGGUCAGCUUUUAUUUACAUAAAACUUAUUUUUUCCACUGAUCUACAAUAAACACCUGUUUUCAGGUGAAGUCAAAUUAA